AUUCCCGGUUUAUCAGAGGAUCUCCGUAAGCAAGUCGAAUCAACGCGGGACGCUGCGUUUGUUUGCCUUGAGCAUGUGUGUCGCCAGCUGUGCCCAAGUGCACCUCGUGGUCGUGCUGGGCAGUUGUCCAUCUCCAUUGCUAAUCUUUCUGUUGUUGCCGAUCGUAUACGCUCCAAAACGUCUUCUCAAUUUCCCAUCUGUCAGUUUCUCAUUGAGUUGGUCAGUUGUUUCUACCAGGAUGGAUCGGCAUAGUUACCCAAAUUAUCUACCCAUUAUUGCUAUUUCAGUAGUCAGUUUUUUGUUCAUUUUUCAAACACCAAAGGCAUUUCUCAGGAAAUAUAUGUUAUCUCAGGGCUAG